AUGUGGACCGGGAGAUCAAAGUUAUGGAGGUUUACGUUGUGCAUUCUGUUCGCCGUGUCGGCGCUCGCGCUCGCGGCGAGAGCUGACGACGAUGGCGUACCUUUAGAGUCACAAUGCCGUCCAUACAUCGAAAAGGCUCUUAAGGAGCUUGAAUCUGGCGAUGCGGAUCCAGAUUCAACAAGUAAAAACGACUCCAGUGAAGUGAGCAUAGACGAUGGUACACAAGAAGUAAGCUCAACUGAAGAACCUGGAGAUGAAAAAAGCCAAGAGGACAGCGAUGAGAAUGUUCCUAUGAUAGAAGUCGCAGAUGAGCCAUACGUGUCUCAAGUUUCUGACGAAGAUGAAGGAGGUCCGCAGGAUAACGACUCGAAAGAAGAUGUGACGACCGAAGUUGAUGAUAAUAACAGUGUUGGAGAAAUGGACGAUGGCAGUAAAGAAAGUGGAGACAGUAAAGAAGAAGCAUCUGCUGAUGAACAAAAUGCCGAAAUAGAAAGUGCCGAAAAUGCAGUAGAAUCUACUAAUGAUGAUGAGAAUGAUGGUGAUAGAAGCAACGAAGACAAAACAGAGGAAUCAAUGGAAAUACCAGAAAAUGAUAGCAAGGAAGAGGUAGUAAAUGCUGGAGAAACAUCAGCUAGUAUCGAAGCAGAGGAAGUAAGCAAAGAAGAGGAAGAUGGGACUAAAGAAGAUGACGAAACUGAAGAAAAUAGGGAUUCAACAGAACAAGAAGAAGAAACUGAAACAGAUGAAAGCAAAGAAGAAACAAAGAUAGAUGAAGAAGUCGAAGAAUCUCAAGAAAAGGCUGAAUCUGAAGAAAAAGACGAGGAAAAUAAGAUGGAGGAUGAUUCGCAAGAGUUAAGAAAUGAUGAAGAAUCUAUGGAACAAGAUAAAACCGAAAUUGCAUCUGAAGAAGAAAAAGAAGAAUCAGAAGAAAAAGAAGAAUCAGAAGAAAAGAAGGAUUCUGUUGAAGAAGCACCUGGGGGAGGGAUCGAGGAAGAACAGUCUCAAGAAUCAGUUGAAGAGGGAGAAUUGCAUGAUGAUAAAAAGCAAUCUCCUGAGGCCGAUGAAGAUAAGUCCAAGGAAUCAGAAUCGAAAGAUACCGAAGAUUCUGAUAAAUUAGGCGAUUCUGAAGAGAAAUUGGAUGAAUCAGAAACAGAUACGUCAACUGAAGCCGAUAAAGAUAAACCUGUGGAAGUUGGUCUAGAAGGUGAAGAAGCAGAAGAAGAAGGCACGCCAGAAGAAGAAUUACUUAAAACUUUAGAAAUCCCCGAAAAUUUGAGAUCUCGUGAUCAUAUAAUACAAAUACUGAGAUUAGAUGAAGAAGCUAGCGAAGCAGAACUAAUUAUUGAAAAAUCUGCAGAUAUUGUACUAAGAGACUUGAAGAGGCUUUACGAAAAUUCUAUUAAGCCAUUGGAGGGACUUUAUAAAUAUAGAGAUUUAAGCAACAGACAUUUUGGUGAUCCAGAAAUAUUUUCAAAGCCGUUGGUAUUGUUUAUGGGGCCUUGGAGUGGAGGCAAAUCGAGUAUUUUGAACUAUUUAACUGGCUUAGAAUUUACGGAGUGGUCUUUAAGAACGGGUGCAGAGCCGUCACCAGCUUACUUCAAUAUUCUGAUGCAUGGUAAAGAUCCUGAAGUACUUGAUGGUACUCAGCUGGCUGCUGAUUGGACGUUCUCGGGACUGCAAAAAUUUGGUCAAGGAUUAGAAGAGCGUCUUAGAGGUCUCAAGUAUCCCAGUAAACUAUUAGAAAAGGUUAACAUUGUUGAAAUACCUGGAAUUUUGGAAGUAAGGAAACAAGUUUCUCGCGUCUUUCCAUUCAACGACGCCUGUCAAUGGUUCAUCGAUCGUGCUGACAUUAUCUUCCUCGUCUACGAUCCAUCGAAGCUUGACGUCGGGCCUGAGACAGAAGCUAUACUUGAUCAGCUGAAGGGUAGAGAGUCACAGACGCGCAUCGUCCUCAACAAAGCGGACAGCGUGAAGCCGGAGGAGCUGAUGCGGGUGCAGAGCGCGCUGAUCUGGAACAUAUCGCCGCUGAUGAGCUCCGCCCAGCCCCCCGUCAUGUACACGGUGUCGCUGUGGUCGAUGCCGUACGAGGCGAGCGCGCCCGCGCGCCUGCUGCAGGCCCAGGAGCGCGAGCUGCUGCGAGACCUGCGCCAGGCGAUCGACAGGCGCAUAGAGAACAAGAUCGCCAGCGCCAGGAGAUUCGCGGUCCGUGUGAGGAACCAUGCGAAAAUGGUCGAUUGUUACUUAACCACUUACUACAAUCACAAGACAAUCUUUGGUAACAAGAAACUCAUCGCCGACGCCAUCAUUGAGAACCCACAAAAUUACCACAUCUAUGAGGGCUUGAGCACACUUACAAAUAUUUCAAGGUACGACCUUCCCGAUCCCGAAACCUAUAGAGACUUCUUUAGGCUCAAUCCCCUCUACGAGUUCCAACAGCUGUCUGCCACCUGCACCUAUUUCCGCGGCUGCCCCAUCACGCGACUCGACGUCGCCAUCGCUUACGAUCUGCCCGAGCUCGUGGGCAAAUACAAGAAGAUGGUGGAGACCGCCACGCCACAAGGCAUGCCCAAGAGU